AGCGCCGUGUCCGGGAAGGGGGCGGGACUCCGGCGACAAGUCUGCGGCGCCACCUAACCAGGCGCUGCGCCAUUUCAGCGCUUCUCACCCCGAAACGCCCGACCCCAUGCCGGUGUGUGUGUGGCGGGGGGGGGGGGCGUUGUAUAUUAUACUUGCUUUUUGUUUGAAAAAGCGCCUCUUUUUUUUUUUUUUUUUUUAGCACGGCUCGGCUCGGCUCGGCCUGCACGCUGAGCGAGUGCACAGUGGGAGGAGAGAGAGAGAGAGAGAGGGAGGGAGACGCCACAGCGCAGGCUAAUGGCAGCCGGGCUUAUCGCCGCCCCGCACGUAGCCGACGUCAAGUCGUCCCCGUGAACUUUGUCCCACACAGCGGAGACAUGUCCGCCCCGCUGCUGCUGAGACGCGGCCGCGGAGCGACGCGGCUCAUUGGCUCGGCGCGCGCGGCCACCGGCGCACUUUCCGGAGUCCGCUCCAUCGUAGACAUGUCCUACUCGGAGCACUUCAUGGACUUCGGCCGGUCCUCCAUACCGAGCGUCAUGAGGAAGCUGGUCGUCAACAAGCUCAGUCCCGAUUUCCGAGAGGCCGUGACCGCGCAGACAGUCGCGGUACCGACCCCCGGGGACGCGGACCUGCUCGUCAGGAACCGUUUCGUAGGCGUCAACGCCUCCGAUAUCAACCACUCGGCGGGCCGCUACGACCCCUCGGCGAAGCCCCCCUUCGACGCCGGCUUCGAGGGCGUCGGCGAGGUCGUCGGCCUCGGCCUCGGCGCCAGCGCCCGCUACACCGUGGGCGACGCGGUGGCCUACUUUGGCAGCGGCGCGUUCGCCGAGUACACGGUGGUGCCGGCCAAGGAGAGCGUGCCCGUGGCGGCGGCGAGGCCGGAGCUCCUCGCCCUGCUGGUCAGCGGCGCCACGGCCUACAUCGCCCUGAAGCGCCUGGGCGACCUGGCCGCCGGCGAGACGGUGCUGGUCACGGCGGCCGCGGGCGGCACGGGCCAGUUCGCCGUGCAGUUCGCCAAGCGCGCCGGCUGUCACGUGAUCGGGACCUGCUCGUCCGACGAGAAGGCCGGCUUCCUGAAGUCCAUCGGCUGCGACCGGCCGAUCAACUACGCCGCCGAGGACCUGGCGGCGACGCUGAGGAGAGAGUACCCUCGCGGCGUGGACGUGGUGUACGAGUCCGUCGGCGGCGGCGUCCUGCAGACGGCGCUGAACAGUUUGGCCAACAAGGGCCGGCUGAUAGUCAUCGGCUUCAUCUCGGGGUACCAGACGGCGUCGGGGAUCCCGGCCUUCAGCGGCGCCACGCUGCCGGCCAAGCUGCUGCAGAGGUCGGCCAGCAUCCGGGGCUUCUUCCUGCCGCACUUUGUCGGCGACUACAGGGAGGCCCUGGGCGCCAUGAUGCAGAUGGUGGCCGCGGGGAAGCUGGUGUGCGAGGUGGACCGUGGGGAUUCGUCCCGGGGGGGGCGGUUCGUCGGCCUGGACUCGGUCUUCCGGGCCGUGGACCACAUGUACGCCGGGAAAAACCUGGGCAAGGUGGUGGUGGAGUUGGUUCCGCCCCCCGUUGGUAAUAAGCUCUGAUUUAACUGAAAUCCCAUUUUGACUCAGAUGAAUCCAAAUAGUAAAACUGCAGGGCUUUAGUUUUCGAAUAGAUACAUUUCUUUAUUUUUGAAAGAUGAUUUAUAUUAAUCAACACAAACUAAGUGAUUUUAUUUGCUGCUAUUGCUGUUAACUAAAUGCAAAAAGUGUUUUUUGUUAUUGCUUAGUUGAGCAGUUUGUUCCAAGGUUUAAAUUAGUUAAAACAAAAAAACUGAAAAACGUUCUAAUCACAAUGCAUCGAUGAUCGUAUCGCACAAAUGUGAUUUGUAUUAAAAGAAUCGUAUUGAAAGAAUCCACUGACCCAGA